AUGAUACGUUUGUACUUAGAAAAUGGUGUUGCUUAUGUUUGGAAUGCGAACGAUUGGCACUUACUUCGUACAAAACAUCGAGUUUGUGGUUCUUUAAUAGGCUCAGUUCCUUCUUUACCGCGACAAAAUGAUUUUCAAGGAUUGCCAAUGGCAUUAAUGUCUGAAGAAACGGCUUUGUUAGUUGAAUUGGGUAUUUGUGAGUUAUGUGUUGCAAAGAAUAUUAAUGAAAACCCUUCAGAAGAAGAAAAACUAAAUAUAAAAAAUUAUGAACAAAGGAUUUUAGACGAGCAAACAGAAGCCUUUAGGAAAAAGAAAAUUGAACAAAUGUCACAGAAAAUUGAUAUUAUUGUUGCAGGAAAGCAGCAAAAGUUAUUACUUAAAGGGAUUACUAAUGUUCAAUUGGAUAAGCAAACAUUACUGCAAGAGGAAAUGAAUAAAUUCCCAAAUUUAGCGCCAUCACAGACAUUAGUGCAUUUACCAACAGAACAUCCUAGAGAAAUAGAGGUAACUACAGUACCAGUUGAUAUCUUACAGCCUAGUGUAGUGGACAAAGAAGGCAAAAUUCGCUAUAACAUUUUUAAGGACCUAUGGACAAAAGGCUAUUAUAUAACAACUGGAUCCAAAUUUGGAUCUGACUAUUUGCUUUAUCCAGGAGAUCCCGUGCGAUUUCAUGCAACAUACAUGGUGAGAUGUGUGUAUGAUGCAAUGACGUUUUUCCGCCCAACAAACUUUGUUGCAUUUGGUCGUCUAUCUGUGGCUGUAAAUAAAAUAGCUGUAUUAGCAUUCUGCAACAGAUACGGAAAUAUUGAGUAUCAAAGCCUUCAGUGGCAUGACAGUAUGAAUGGAUAA